UCAGGUUGUGUCACCACCGGACCCCCCAAAUCCUCGAGGAGCUCUCUCCCUCUCUCUCUCUCUCUACAAUCUUUCACCCUAGCUCCUCCUGUCCUCCACCUUGUCGCGCUCUCGCCCUCGCACUUGAUUUUCUUACCAAUCUCUCUUCUCAUUUCUGCCUACCACUUCACCGUCUCAGCUCCAAACCUCAGCUUUAUCGCAAUCUCUCUCUCUUCUGACACCCUUUCAGAAAUUGAUGUGAUGUAUAUGCUAACACUUUCCAGAGUUGAAUGAUGGCUAUUGAGGCUUCUGGUAAACUGAAUGUGUCAGAUGAUUUUGAUGAUGAUGAUGGACCGGUAAUUUUUAAAAGGAGUAAUCCAACACCUAAGAAAAAUCAGCUGCUUUCAGAAGUAAAGAAGUCAACUUCUAGUCUUGAUGGGCUAUCACAAAGGAAAACUACUGAUAUGCCUUCAUCCAAUGGCCAAAAUUCUGGAGUACAGAAGAGCAAGAUAAUUCCAUCGGUCAAGACAUCACCCACAAAGGCUUCUGUAGAUAUCUCCAAAGCAUCAACUUCACGUGUCUGUUCUUCUAAUGUGAAGUCGCCUGUACCAAAUCCUAAAGCAUCUUUGUCAGGAGAUAAAUCAAAGUCUCUUUCGGGAUCAAGAGUUCUCAAUGACGUUAAGGAGGAAAAACCCUGUGUAAAACAUCUUCCGAAAGAAAACUCUGAAGAUUCUGAGGAUGAUGAGGAUAACAAACCAUUGAGUGCUAGGCUGAAAAUAAACUCUAAUCAUUAUAGCAAAGCCACUCCUAUUGUGAAGAAGCCUAUUGAAGACUCUGAUGAUGAUGAUGAUCUUCCUUUGUCAGCAAGAUUGUCACGGAAUGCAGGAACAUCUGGAACUGGAUAUGUGCACUCUGAUAAGAGAAAACCUCUUUUGAAAGUUCAGAAAAGUCUUCAAGGAGGCUCCAGCACCAGUAUUAAACAGGAAAAGAUGGUUACAGCAUCAGUUAAGAGGCCACUGGAUAAGACUAGUUCCCUGAAUUCUUCUGUGAAGAAGCCAAAGCUCUCAGAUCCAGCUUCAUCAAUGAAAAUUAAGCAAGUGUCUUUGAAGCAUGAGUCGAAAGUAGAUGAUGAUGAUGAUGAUGAUAUUCCUAUUUCCCAAAGAUUAUCAAAGUCUUCUGCAUCAGGAAAUAAGUCAUCGUCAGUGAAGAAGAUUGAAAAGGCAGUUAAAGUUAAUAAGGCUGGUUCAGCAUCGUUUAAGAAACCGGUCAAGAAACCAGUCAAGAAGUUGAAAAAAUCAGGCAGCAAUUCAGAAUAUUCCAAGUCUACAAAACUCCUUCCUAGUGCAGGAGAUGGGCAGAAAAAGUGGACUACUUUGGUUCACAAUGGUGUUAUUUUUCCACCACCUUACAACCCUCAUGGAAUAAAGAUGCUCUAUAAGGGGAAACCGGUCAAUUUGACUCCUGAGCAAGAGGAGGUUGCCACUAUGUUUGCUGUGAUGCGAGAUACAGAUUAUAUGCAGAAAGAAAUAUUCAAAAGAAAUUUCUGGAGUGACUGGCGCAAAUUGCUAGGAAAAAACCAUAUAAUUCAGAACUUGGAAGAUUGUGACUUUACCCCAAUAUAUGACUGGUAUCAAGUUGAAAAAGAGAAGAAGAAACAAAUGAGUACAGAAGAAAAGAAGGCCCUCAAGGAGGAGAAAGUUAAGCAAGAGGAGAAAUAUAUGUGGGCUGUGGUUGAUGGUGUUAAAGAGAAGGUUGGAAACUUUAGAGUUGAGCCACCAGGGUUGUUUCGAGGUCGUGGAGAGCAUCCGAAGAUGGGCAAACUGAAAAGGCGCAUCCGUCCAAGUGAUAUCACAAUUAAUAUUGGAAAGGAUGCUUCAAUUCCUGAAUGCCCUAUUCCUGGUGAAACAUGGAAGGAGAUAAGGCAUGACAAUACAGUUACAUGGUUAGCAUUCUGGAAUGAUCCGAUUAACCCAAAGUUGUUCAAAUAUGUUUUCCUGGCUGCUAGUAGCUCCUUAAAGGGGCAAAGUGAUAAGGAAAAGUAUGAGAAAGCUAGGAUGCUGAAGAAUUAUAUAGGGAACAUCAGGGCUGCAUACACGAAGGAUUUUACAAUUAGAGAUAUUACAAGGCAGCAAAUAGCUGUUGCCACUUACCUUAUCGAUAAGUUAGCUCUGAGGGCUGGCAAUGAGAAGGAUGACGAUGAAGCUGAUACUGUUGGUUGCUGCACAUUAAAAGUGGAAAAUGUAACAGCAGAACCCCCCAACAAGUUGCAGUUUAACUUCCUUGGUAAAGAUUCAAUCAAGUAUGAAAAUACAGUAGAGGUUGAACUUCCUGUUUAUAGUGCAAUUUUGAAGUUCCAAAAAGAUAAACGCCCUGGUGAUGAUCUCUUUGACAAGCUAGAUACAAGUAAACUAAAUGCUCACCUGAAGGAACUAAUGCCUGGCCUAACAGCUAAAGUCUUCCGUACUUUCAAUGCAUCUAUCACAUUGGAUGAUAUGGUGAGGAGAGAGUGCCCCAAGAGAGCAAUACAUCUUUCAUUGGAGUUGAAAUUUUACCUUAAUUAUAAACUUUUGAAUAAGGAUACUAAAGAUGGCGAUGUUUUAGAGAAAAUUGGUGUCUAUCAGGUUGCAAACAAGCAGGUUGCAAUAAUAUGUAAUCAUCAACGUAGUGUUUCAAAAUCUCACAGUGCACAGAUGUCAAGAUUAACUGAGAAGAUUGAUGAACUUCAGGGUGUUCUGAAGGAGUUGAAAACAGAUUUGGACAGGGUAAAGAAAGGAAAACCUCCUCUGAAGAGGGCUGAGAGAAAAAGGAACCUAACUCCUGAUGCGCUGGAGAAGAAGAUAGCCCAAACCAAUGCAAAAAUUGAGAAGAUGCGACGUGAUAUGAAAACAAAAGAAGAUCUCAAAACCGUGGCAUUAGGAACGUCCAAAAUAAACUACCUGGAUCCCAGGAUUACAGUGGCUUGGUGUAAGCGGCAUGAGGUUCCUAUUGAAAAGAUCUUCAACAAAUCUCUGCUGGCAAAAUUUACUUGGGCAAUGGAUGUGGAUCCUGACUUCAGAUUCUGAGAUCUUUCAUGGUGGAAGAGACUUAAUCUUUUACUCAUUUCUUUUACAUAAAAAAAUAUUUUUUUUUUAUUUGGUCAAGUCCAGCGGAAAUUUAUGUUGUAAUUUCUUCUAAUCUAAUUAUGGGUUGAGUUUGCCCCGCCAUUGACUGCUUUUCGCCUAGAGUUUCAACCAUUCAUAGUUAUGAUUAUCAUGCCGCACUUUGGCAAAAUAUGGAAAUGAUGUGAAUUUUUUCUAACUCAUUUUUUUUUUAAAGAAUAGCUAAUUGUUUUUGCUUGUUGCCGUAA